ACAACUUGACAUUUAACCUUUUCAAAAUGAGAUAGAGAUAAAAUUUCUUCGUGAUAACAAAUUCGAAAUAAUGAAUUUAUCUUUAAAAAAGUAGUAAAGUCCAAAUCAGUAAUUUAUAGCUAUGAUGUAUCCCGAUAGAAAUCGAUCCAGUUAGCAGCUAGUUAAUAAUAAUAUCCCGAAAAAAGUAUGAUUUUCAGUAUGGCAAAAUGUAUUUUUCGAUUGGGUCCUAGGGAAUAUGUAAAACAAAGGAUCAAAUUACCUAUAAUUAAGUUUAUUCAUGAUAGUGUAAGUUUGUAUAAAACCAGAACAAAGAAUGGAGUGCAUAAUUUAAGAGAUAUAUUGUUGAGAGGAGCUAUAAUAGCUUUUAUUACAUCUUUAUUAGUUUGGUUAUCAAUAUUUAUGUACUUAGCUUUCUACUAUGUGUAUGUACCUACUUUAAGGCACGAAAGACCUGUUCAUUUGAAGUUUAAGCCAUGUGGAACUACUUACGACCAUCAGUUAGAGAAGGGGAUGUGUAGUUUUCCUUCUGCAUAUGUUCAGUUAACUUCUAGGCAGCAGUUAUUGAUGAUGGGACAACCUUAUAGAAUAUCACUAGAUUUAGAGAUGCCUGAAUCUCCAGUGAAUAAGGAAUUAGGAAUGUUUAUGGUUUGUGUAGAUUUUAAGUCAAGUGAGGGCAAAACCAUAGCAAACUCAUGCAGAUCUACGAUGUUACAUUAUAGAAGCCUGCUUUUAGAUUCGUUGUACAAAUUAUUUUAUAUACCGUUUUUUAUAUUCGGUUCUACAGAGGAGAAGCAGAAUAUACAUGUGGAACUUUUUUCAGAUUAUAAAGAAUCAGAGUAUGAACCUGUCACGGAUAUUUUUAUCGAAAUUCAGACAAAGCAUAUUGAAAUUUACUCUGCGAAAUUUUCAGUUAAUGCGGAGUUUUCAGGCCUGAGAUAUGUCAUGUUUAACUAUCCAGUAUUAUCAGCUACUUUUGGAAUAUCAUCAAAUUUAUUCUUUAUUGCUUUGGUAUGUUUGAUUAAUUGGUAUCAGAUUAUCAAUUCAGAUGAAUAUUUGCAGUAUGUAGAGUCCCAAAAAACUGUAUUAAAUUUAAAUAAUGAAGAAGAAUAUAACACUGAUUCUGAUUCAUCUGAAGGAAGUUACCUAAUCACUGGAGUAAGAAAACGAAGACAAAAGAUAGAAGAAAUUCCAGGCAACUUAAACUAUAACUAGACCAAAGAAUUUCCCCUUUUUUACCAUUUUUACCUGUUUUUAUACACAAAUAAACCAACGUUAAACUUUAUAAAUAUAUAUUUUAUUGUAAAAUACAGUUCAAGUAGAUUGAUAAACUUAACUUUUAUGUUGAAAAAAAGAUAAUGUGAACCAUGAAAAACAUCAACAGUAAAAAAAAUGGUUGCUUUAUUAUUAAAAUGUUAUUCUUACUGGAAGGUAGUUUUUUGUAGGAUUUUAGAAAACAGAACAAAUAUAUAUAUAAAACAGUUUACAA